GCUGCAGCCGCCCAGAAAGCAGAAAGCGACGACUCUGCGGGCGAACUCGGCAGCGCUGGGAGGCGGGGAAGAGUGUGUGAGAAGGGCCAUUCUGGAGAUAGCCGGCGUCUCCUUUCUCCAACUUCUGUCGGCCCUUGUCCGUUUAUUCGUUGCCUGAAAUGCAUGGUCAUGGAGGCUACGACUCUGAUUUUAGUGAUGAUGAACACUGUGGAGAAUCUAGCAAAAGGAAAAAAAGGACCACUGAAGAUGAUUUACUGCUCCAAAAGCCCUUUCAGAAAGAAAAACAUGGGAAGGUGGUCCAUAAACAGGUUGCAGAAGAAUUGCUGGAUAGGGAAGAAGCAAGAAAUAGAAGGUUUCAUCUCAUAGCUAUGGAUGCUUAUCAAAGGCAUGCAAAGUUUGUAAAUGACUAUAUUUUAUAUUAUGGUGGCAAAAAAGAAGAUUUCAGGCGAUUGGGGGAAAAUGACAAGACAGACAUGGAUGUUAUACGAGAAAAUCAUAGAUUCCUCUGGAAUGAGGAGGAUGAAGUGGACAUGAAUUGGGAGAAAAGACUUGCAAAGAAAUACUAUGAUAAAUUAUUCAAGGAAUACUGCAUAGCAGAUCUCAGUAGAUACAAAGAAAAUAAGUUUGGAUUUAGGUGGAGAGUAGAAAAAGAAGUAAUUUCAGGAAAAGGCCAGUUUUUCUGUGGAAAUAAAUAUUGUGAUAAAAAAGACAACUUAAAGAGUUGGGAAGUUAAUUUUGGUUAUAUUGAGCAUGGUGAAAAGAGAAAUGCACUUGUUAAAUUAAGAUUAUGCCAAGAAUGUUCCUUUAAAUUAAAUUUUCAUCACAGGAGAAAAGAAGUUAAGUCCAAAAAAAGGAAGGACAGAAUCAAAAAAGAUUGUGAAGAGUCACCACAUAAAAAAUCCAGAUUAUCUUCUGCAGAAGGGACCUCUAAGAAAAAGGACAAAGGACAUUCAUCCUCAAAGAAAUCAGAAGAUUCUGUAAACCGAAACUCUGAUGAGGAAGAAAGUACCUCGGAGUCUGAACUUUGGAAGGGCCCACUACCAGAGACCGAUGAAAAAUCACAGGAAGAAGAAUUUGAUGAGUAUUUUCAAGAUUUAUUUCUGUGAAAUGGAAGAAAGAAGCCUACAUUCCUUAAUGUAAAAAUAUACUUUGAGACUUUUCUGAAAUGUUUUAUCCACAAGUUGCAGUUUGAGUGAUUUGUCUUUGAAAAUAAAAAUUCAGCCUCAAGACGUCA